GGAAAUGUGUUCUCUCAUAAUGCAAUAUUGAAAGCCCACACGGUUUCCCAUCACAGCACAGCCCUCUGUCACAUGGUGCAGCAGUCAGGUGGGCUUCAUCUAACAUAUCAGAAGGUCGGGAACUGGACGCACGUUGGAACGGGAGUAACAGAAAAUUCAGAAACUGAGGCAGAGGACUCCUAUUUUGCUCUGGAAGAUUCUUCCACCGUCCAGUUUUCAUUUUUCUUUCAAUACGUUUCGAAGGAGGGGGUGGGAAACCCAGCAUAAUCAGCCCGCCACGCCCGGCCGGAGCUCUGUCAUCAGGGUUUGUACGGACUCCUAACGCAAAAGUUGUCGCACAAACUAUAUUUCCUCCUCACUGGAGAGGAACUUAACAGUAGUUCUUGCACUUCCUCAAAUUGCAUUGAUCUUGCUUCAGGGUCAAGAGUAAGAGUGUUUUGAAGUACGCAAAUUAAAAAAAGAAAUUGUCGUUUUUAUGCAAUGCGGGUGCGUGCGUGGGGCUCUCCUUCCUCACAGUUUGUUGUGCGUGUCUCUGCCAUGUAAGGUGAAGCGUUAUCCAGGAGCAAUGACGCUGAUCUCCGCGGGGACCUGCUGCCUCAGCCCAGAGGCUAAAGAAGCUCGGAGGAUCAACGCUGAGAUUGAAAAGCAGCUCCGCAGGGACAAGAAGGAUUCCCGACGCCAAUUUAAGCUCCUACUGCUGGGAACUGGUGAAAGUGGGAAGAGCACUUUCAUAAAGCAGAUGAGGAUCAUCCAUGGCCGUGGAUACUCUGAUGAGGACAGGAGAGGCUUCACCAGGCUGAUCUAUGAGAACAUCUUCACAGCUAUGCAGGCCAUGAUCCAGGCCAUGAGCACAUUACAGAUCUCUUACAAGUAUGAGCACAACGAGGUUAAUGCCGAUUUGGUCAGUGGUGUUGAUGUAGAAAAUGUACAAACAUUGACAAAUCCAUACGUGGAUGCCUUGAAGAGCCUGUGGAGUGACCCGGGAAUUCAGGAAUGUUACACUCGAAGGAGGGAAUACCAGCUCUCAGACUCAACCAAAUACUAUCUGAGUGACUUACCUCGGAUUGCUGAUUCUGCUUAUUUGCCAACCCAACAAGAUAUUCUAAGGGUCAGGGUGGCCACAACAGGAAUAACAGAGUAUCCUUUUGACCUGGAGAAUGUGGUAUUCAGAAUGGUGGAUGUAGGUGGUCAGCGUUCUGAGAGGAGGAAGUGGAUCCAUUGCUUUGAGAAAGUCACGUCCAUCAUGUUCCUGGUAGCGCUCAGCGAGUACGAUCAGGUCCUCCUCGAGUCCAGCCGUGAGAAUCGGAUGGAGGAAAGCAUAGCCUUGUUCGAGACAAUCACAAGAUAUGAAUGGUUCGAAGAGUCCUCAAUCAUCCUGUUUCUCAACAAGAUCGAUCUGUUGGAGGAAAAAAUAAUGUACUCACAUUUGGCAGACUAUUUUCCAGAGUAUAAGGGUCCCCCGCAGGAUGCCCAGGCAGGACAAAAGUUCAUCUUGGACAUGUUCCACAAUCACAAUGCGAAUAAGGAGAAAAUUAUCUACCCCCACUUCACGUGCGCCACAGACACUGAGAACAUCAAAAUUGUCUUCAAGGACGUGAAGCACCACAUCAUGCAGGGCAAUCUGAAAGAACAUAACUUGGUGUGAGCGCCUGGCGCUGCUGCUGUAUUUUAAUCUUCUCAGCACAGCCGGUGGACUGGGAGUGCUCGGCAGAGUCCAUUCGCUGCUGCUGCUGUUCCUGCUGUUCCACACUUUAAUCCAAAACAGGAAAUUGAAGAGCUUCAGAGCUUGUCAUCAAAUGACUGUACGGCCGAUGCUUUUUUUAAAUUUUCUUGUCAGACUCUGUAAGUGGAUGUCUCAGGCUAUUACAAAGUGUGACCUGCCAAUUAAAGCGCUGCUUUUCAGCAGAGUCUAAUAUAGCAUGCACUCUGAAAUUUAUCGAGCGCUAUGUGGACAUUUUGAAGCGCUGGAUAUGCACACUGGCAGAUUAGUAGGGGGAAACAUAGUUUACUGGCCUCAAAUGCCUCGAAAGAAUUGUGAUGUAGUAGAUCUCUCCCUCAGGGAAGGCGUGGGACUGAAUGCUCUGCAGAACCUGGCAUAACUAAAACAGUGGUGGGUUCUGAUUUCGAUUUGAAAUUGAAAGCUUAGGUUGUGGCUUGACUAAAAGGGAACGGGUCAUAAUGAACACUAACAAUAUUAAUCUAAAAGCACAGAGUGCAUGUUGUUCCAUUGCUGCAUGAGCUUCAUUUAGUGAGGUUUGGAUCACCACUUUGGAUCCGCCUGUGGUGACUUUGCUGAAGAAAACUUUCUUUUGGGCAUUCAUAUUUAAUGUUUGCGGGGAUUUUAAAGGGAUAGGCACAUGUUGGUGUCUCAUGUCAAAGCUGGGUAGUAAAACAUGAUUUUCUUUCAGGGACUGCUGUAUUAAGUGGUUUUCUUACCUUAAAGUUGUAUACCCUGAGGUCUUUAAAGUUGGAUCCUUUAAAUAAUUUGAUUAUAUUCUGUACAUAUUUUAUGGUAUAAAAAUGUUUUGGUUUGAUUUUGUUUGAUCUUUCUGAGCAUUAAAGUCAGUGUUAGAAGCUGAAAUCCUAAAGCGGAAAAUGAAGGUUGAUCUAAUGUAUAAAAGAUAAAUUACUAAUGUUCAUACAACCAUUUUCUUAACAAUAAAAAUAUAAUUUAAAAUCCCA